UAAUGAAAUGGUUUCGAUGUGGGCUCGUGCUAUUAUUAGUGGAAUAAAUGGAGUAGAUGAGAUUAUUCCGCCUUCUAUUCCAGCAUUCGAUAAAGAUAAAUAUAGAUUUCCAAAUUCUAAACAAUCCACGAAUAAUAUGAAUAAAACGAAUGAAUUUGAAGUUACUUAUAACAAUAUUAUAACUAGACCAGUUAUUUCAAAACUUAAAACAUUUGCAGCCUACUAUAAAGAAUUUCAUGGGAUAAUAAACGUGGUCGUAAACCCUUGUCAAGAAUACCCGAGACUGGCAUUUCAUCGAGGAAAGGAAGAUUAUGUUCGCACUUUUGAAACUAAAGCUAAUACUUAUGAAAUCCUAUAUACUGAAGCGCAGGCUAUUGAAGAAACUCAACAGAUGUGUGAUAGUAAUUCUUUUCGGUCAAUUGAAAGGCAAAGUGAUGACGAAAUUCCUGUUAAAGUUGAAAUAAGCGAUGUUACGUAUGGAGGAAAUCGAAACAUAAGAUCUUUCACAUUUAACGAAUAUCAUUCGCAAACUAAUUCAGUAAAAUCUGACGAAUCAGUUGAAGAUAUAAUCAGGGAUCCUUUAUUUUGUGAUGGAGGAUCUUUGUUUUUUGAUUCUCAACUUUUACGCAAAAAUUGCCCAACGAUUCCUCACUGGAUCGAUCUGAUACUUCAAUGGCAAUUAUAUGAAAAACAAUGUUAUUUUUCUCCUCCUUCACCGCCAUCACCAACAGUAUCUGCUAUAUCACCUAUGACUUCAAAUUUCGCUCAACAUCAACAUCAUCCAUUAAAUUUGAAAUGGAUGUUGGGAGAUAAUAAUAAUGAAAAUGGUGAUUAUUCCGCUUGA